AUGAGUCUUAUUUUAAAGAAUAGUGUAGUCUUUCCUAUCUUUAAACAUUAAGAGACAUUGACAUUCCAUCGUCGAGAUCAAGUAAGUAGAACAACUAAGCGAUUUCACACUGUUGCCCCAGUAAGACACUUGGUAUCCUAAUCAACUCGAAAAAUAAAUUUAACCCAUUAAGGUGAAUCAGGUUUUGAAAGAAGUCAAAAGGAGAAAUAAAAAAUUAGCACCACUCCCAGAAUAUAACUUUAAAAGGAUCAUAGUUUAUAAGGUUACUUAGAGCAUUUAAAUUCUGUGAGAACUUUUAGGUCUCCCUUAGUUGGUGAUGCAACAAUAAAAAAAAUAAAAGAGGAAGUCUAGUUAUUUUAAACAGAAAGUUAAACUACUUUACAAAGAUUAAAAGGUUUAAAAGAAUAAGGUGACAAACGAAAGAAGAUUAGUUUGUUAGAAACAGUACGUAAUCCAUUAGCCUAAUAAUAUAAAAAGUUUACUGAAUAAUUAUAUAAUCUGAUUCAUAACCUUCAUUAAUUGAAAGUAUAAAUUGAUUGUGAGUUAGGAUUAUUUGAACAAUUCAAGAAAAUUGUUUUAGGUUGUAAAAAAUUUGAUUGGAAUGAAGAAAAAUCUUUAUAGAAUAUUAAUUAAUCCUGAAACAGAGGAAUUAUAUGAAUUUUCAGAGAUUUCUCGACUUUGUUGUAUAAGAGAUGUUUAAUUUAUUAAUGGUGAAUAGAGAGUAAUUGAGAAAUUUGAUUUGUCUUUGAUGGAUGAUUUGAUUUAUAUGACAGAUUCAAUAAAAUAGUUGUUACAAUAAAAUUAAUUGAAAGCCAUAGAAAGGAUGCGGGAUAAUGUAUAGUUAUAAAUUAUGAAAAAAAGAUAAAAGUUGAAAGAAAUGAAAUAAAUAAACUUAGAGGUUAAUUAGGAAUGAGGGAAGAACAUCAUCAAUUAUCAUUAGGAACUGCAGCAAUGUAGAGAUUCAAACCUCAUUUGGAAUUGGAUAAUAUCGAAUCCAGAUUAGGAUAAUUAAAUUAAAUUCCUAAGUAGUCAAGAUGGACAUCUUAAUUACUUUGUGAUAUUCUAGAUAGAUUAAAUGAAUGA